AUGGCAGGUGAUUACUUAGGGUGCGAAAUCGAAGAGAGCUAUGAGAUCGGCCGCUCGCGUAGAGGCUCGGUGCCCAUCCCCUCAAACAGCAAGGAGGUCGGUAAAGUUGAAAGUUUCAAGACAGAGACCCGAGAAAGCCUCGGCUUGCGAGACCAAAAUUGGGACGUGAUACUAGCAUGCUAUGGCAUUUCAUUUACUGGUUUUUUUUUCGGCUACGACACAGGAACCGUGGGAGGUAUCACAAAUAUGCAACCUUGGCUGCGGAGGUUCGGUCACUUCGACGCCUCUUCAGGCGAGUAUCAUAUGUCCACUGCCCUGAUAGGUCUCGUGGUAUCUGCUUUCCACAUAGGGUGUAUCACCGGCGGCUUCACCAUCGCACGGUUGGCAGAUUACAUUGGCCGGCGCGCGCCUAUUGCUAUCGGAUGCGCGGUUUACAUGCUUGGACUGGCGAUCCAAAUGAGCGCUGGACAAGGAAAGUGGUAUCAGUACAUGAUUGGAAGGAUGGUGACCGGGCUGACAGUCGGCGCCAAUGCUGUACUUACUCCCAUGUUGCUUUCUGAAAUAGCGCCUCCUGGCAUUCGGGGCGCUAUAGUCAAUUUCUAUCAAAUAAACAUUACCCAUGGGAUCUUAAUAGGAUACGUCGUCGACUUUGCCACCAAAAAUCAUUACAAAGACGAUAAGAUGUGGCGUCUCCCACUUAUCGGCGGAUUUGUAUUCUCUGUUAUUAUACUGCCGAUGCUUGCUAGUGCACCAGAGUCACCUAGAUUUCUGAUCAAGAGAGGACGCUUUGACGAUGCUAGAAAGGUGUUUGCAAGGUUGAGAGGCAUCAAUCUUAAACAGGUGGAGGGAAACAUGGCAAACUCCCAACAGGCACAAAUUUUGGAUGUUAUAAACGAGGAGCUCCAGUACCUGAAAGAGAAUUACCACUACCAAGAACAGCGGCAACGUAACACAUCAUUCUGGCAGUUGUUUUCAAAAAGGUUUCUGAAGAGGACGCUAUCUGGAAUGUGCAUUAUGGCAUUUCAACAAAUGUCUGGUAUCGACUACUUUUUGUAUUAUGGAACAAAGCUGUUUAAAUCCGUUGGGAUUGAAGACUCCUACAAAACUUCCAUAAUUUUGGGUGCCAUAAAUGCUUCCAUGACUUAUGUUUCGAUGUUUGUGGCAGACAACUUAGGCCGCAAAAAAGGACUGUUUCUGGGGUCGCUGUGUUGCUUUGUUUGUCUGUUCACAUUUUCCACCGUUGGCGUUACGACAAUCGAUAAUGCUUCGGAUCCCAACUACAAACUUUCCGGGUACAUUAUGAUUGUAUUCACCUGUCUGUUCAUCGUCUUCUUUUGCUGCUCGUGGUCAGCCAUCGCACCAGUCUUGGUCAGCGAAAUAUUCACCCUAGAAAUAAAGUCACAAGCGAUGGCACUCUCACAAGCUUUUAACUGGGGCGCCAACUUUUUCAUCGCUCUCUGCACCCCGAUUAUUACAGCAAGGAUAGGCUACGCGUUUGGUUAUGUUUUCACUGGUUUCAUGUUCAUUGCAGUGCCCUUCGUUUACUUUUUUAUCCCUGAGACGAAGGGCCUGACGCUUGAAGAAAUUGACGACUACUACGAAAAAGAGAACCUGUGCGAGUAG